AUGCAGAUCUGCAACCACGUCUACUACGUCACGGGCGGCGCAUCCGGCCUGGGAGCAGCGACGGUCGAGCUGCUCCACUCGCUCGGCGCCUACGUCGGCAUCCUCGACCUCGACCUCGACCGCGCCGAAAAGCUCGCAGCCCAGCUCAAUGCCACCACCGCCUCGGCGCUUCCCGGAAACUCGUCGACCACCGGCCAGGGCAACGCACCGCGCGCCGCCGCUUUCCGCGUCGACGUGUGCUCCGAGGAAGACGUCGUCGCCGCCCUCGCCGGCUGCGAUCGCCUCUGGACCGACGUUCCUGUCGGCGGCGUCGUCAACUGCGGCGGUGUCGGUAUGGCCGGCAAGGUGAUCAACGCCGAGGGCGAGCCCUUUGACCUGGAGACCUUCCGCAAGGUGGUCGACAUCAACCUGAUCGGCACGUUCAACGUCACUCGCCUCGUCGCGGCGCGGCUGGUGCGCGACCUCGCCAAGCCCAUCCCCAAGCCCACCGCAUCCACAAAGGAGCUCGGCGUCAUCAUCAACACGGCCAGCGCCGCCGCCCUCGAGGGACAGAGCGGCCAGGCCGCCUAUGCCGCCAGCAAGGGCGGCGUCCUCUCCAUGACCCUGCCCCUCUCCCGGGAUCUGGCGUGGUUUGGAAUCAGGAGCAUGACCUUGACACCGGCCCUCUUCUCGACGCCCAUGAUGCAGCAGCUGCCGGACCGAGCCAAGGCGCAGAUUCUCAAGUCGGCCGAGUUCCCCGUCCGCUUUGGCGAGCCAGACGAGUUCGCCCACGCCGUCAAGAUGGUCAUCGAGAACCCCAUGCUCAACGGCUCCUACAUCCGCCUCGAUGGCGCCACCCGUCUCGGUAAGCUCUGA